AGGUUCCCAUAUAGAUAUUUUUUUCAGACCAAUAAGCUGCAUUCACUAAUCAGUACUGUAGCGUAUAGGUUGCGUCCUUGUUUGUCUGUGAUUCCCGUCGAAUACUGGAUAAGUCAGUAAUUUAUGAGUGUGUCUUAAAAUAAGCGAGAACGUAACCGCCUCUAAAGUGAUAUGAAAAGGUAUUAUGCUUUUAAUUCAACACGUCUUGGCAUUAAGGACAAUAAACCCCAAAACUCAUCGUAUUGUUCAGCAUUGCAUAAUUAAAGGUAAAACAUUACCAUCAGCGAUUAGCAAGUAACUUGCUAGUUCAUCAUGUCCCUGGGAUCAAAAAUAGAGGUUGAACCAGGAUCUUAUGUUCCAACGCAGCUUUCCUAUGUCAGUAAGGCAUGCUUUUAUGUAAACCUCCUUGAGAGAGAAAGCCUUAUCCAGACUAUAAGGGAGACUUUGAUGGAAACAAACGAGGGAGCAAAUGAGAACAAUACCAGCAAAUGUUUAUCCAUAGGGGACCUAGUAUCAGUUUUAGAUGAAGCUGACCAGCUUUGGCACAGAGGUCGGGUUUUGGGUUGCUUUGGUCCCUUGACUGAAGUGUUUUUAAUAGAUUCUGGAAAGGACAUUGUAGCAGAAAGAAAUAUGCUUCAGGAAUUGCCUAACAGUCCACUGGUCACAGAUUCUCCAGCUCAGGCGAUAAAAUGUACACUUUCUGACAGAAAUAUAUCAGUUGGUCAUUUUGUAUCUAUGCAACAUGAUGUUGGUCGUCAAUUUUUAACCUAUUUUGAAAACGAAGAAGAUGGAUUAUGGAAGGUUAAGCUAUAUGUUGAGAGAGUGUAUUCAACUAAAAGUUUGGAGAAAGAAAUUCAACUGUAUUCGACUAAAAUUUUGGAGAAAGAAGUACUGAACAGCAGCAGGUCUCGCAAUAGUCAUUCCGACGGAAUGUCAGAGGACUUCCAAAUUGGAGCAGGCUUCAAACUUUGUACUACAGAAAGUGAUUCAGGUACAGUAGGACAAAAUGUCUGUAAUGCCAUGAAAGAUACCAAGUUCACUUCUAAUUCUGGUGAAAGUUCAGAGAAAAUCUGUAUGAGGGAUAACAGUGGUAUGCAACAUUCUCUUUCAGGAUCUUGCACAGGUAUAAAUCUUAAUGCAUAUGAUGAUGAUAGCACCAGUCAGAGUAGCAGUGCUAAUGAAACCACAAAGACAAGUUUUUAUAGUAACUUUGAGAAGCAAGGUCAUUCGAAGACAAAGGAAACACGAGUCUCUUUAAGACUACCAAAAUGUUUUGGAAAUUACGCAAGCCCUGAAUUUCACGCAGAACUCACAGACUCUGAAAUAGGAGCUGAUACACCAUCCCCGAGUGAUAGCCUGAGAGAAGAGGUAUGCAAUGCAUUCAAGAGAUCUAGUGUCAUUCUAAGAGAACAAGAGAAUGUAAUUGUCAAAACACUGGUAACACAUUCCCCAGGGGAAAAUAAGGCAGUACAUGCAUCUUGUAAUAUCGAACUUGAUGCACAUAAAGAUGACAAAAGGAUGAUGAAUUCAGUGCUUAAUGAAACACUGAACGAUUUACCAUGUACACAAAAUAUUGACAGUAAGAAGUGCCUCAAUAUUCCUGAAGCACAAAAAUCCUGUAAUGUUGAAUUUAGUGCCAUUAUUAGUAACUUUGAAGAUGGUAUUGUGUGGGUUCAAGCUAUAGAUCAAAUUUCCUUGCUGAAUAAAUUCAUGAAUCAAAUAAAUGAAAUGAAUACAGAAUGCCUGAAAACCUAUAAGGAAAAACCAUGCAUUAACACUCCAUGUUUGAGCCUGUACAGAGAAGAUCAAAGGUUCUACAGGGCUAUAGUGAAAGACCUCACCGAAGACACAGAUCGUGUUCUUGUUCAUUAUGUCGAUUAUGGAAACAGUGAAAUUACUGAAGUGAGCAGCCUACGUGCCAUUCCAGACAGUUUCCUUGAUAUGCCUUGUAAAGCUAUCCAAUGUUAUUUCCCAACAACUCUGAAGGAGCAGCUGUUACAAGUUUUUCAUAAGGAAACAGGAAAGAUAUUCAAUGAGGAGUUAAAGAUUACAUUGGCAGAAGAUCCCCUGGAGAAAGAUACUUUAAUUUUAAAGAGUUGUAUUAUCAGUGGCAUUGACAUUGUUGCCAGAAUUCACGAAGAACAUGAGAAUAACUGCAGAGCACCAGAAGAUGGGACAAUUACGGUUAUGUCCCAUGAAAGCCAAGUAAGUGAAGUCUCUAGUACUUGCUUCCAAAUUCCUUAUCUCUCGAUUAAGUAUGAUACUGAAAUGUCUGUGUAUGUUACUCAGGUUGACAACACUGGAAAGUUUUGGAUACAAGUAUUGGAUCAUUUUUCACUACUUGACGAAAUGAUGGAGAAACUAAAUGAUUUUGCUGUGAGCUCAGAUAGAACCAUACUGACUUCUCCUAUGAUUGGUAAGCCAUGUUUGUGCUGUUAUGCAAAAGAUGACCUGUUUUAUAGGGCUGAAAUUACAAAAGUCAAUCAGGAAAGUGGUAGUGCUAUGGUGCAUUACAUUGAUUAUGGAGAUACUGGUGAAGUAGAAAUAAGUAACUUGUUUGUUAUGCCUGAACAAUUUUUUACUUUACCAAGACAGGCCAUAUGUUGUUAUUUUAGCAGCAAAAUUAGAAAAAAGUGGUUCUCCAGUACCCAACAAUACUUGGAGAAACUUUUGGAGAAAGAAAUUGAUUUGACUCUGAUGCUGGAAGUUGAAGGGUUUGAACAAAGAAAUGUGGUGAAAAAAUUAACUUUGGAAGGCAAUGAUGUAAUUUCUCACAUGACCUUGCUUGCUACAAAUGAUGAUGCUGAUGGAGAAGUCUUGACUGAAAAUGAUGAAAGUGAAGAUGUUUUGUUUGAAGAGGAUAUUCCUGAGAUUCUCCUUUCGUAUGAUGGCAGUGUUGAAGGCAUUGUUUCUCAUGUUGAGGGCAGUUGCAUUUGGAUUCAAUUGUCAGAUCAGAUUACAGCCAUAGAAGAGAUGCAGGAACAGCUGAAUUCCAGUUCAUUGCAACCUUUGGCAGAGGUGCCAUUUGUUGGCAGUGUGUGUAUAAGCUACUUUCCAGAAGAUGAAAGGUUCUACAGAGCUGUUGUCAAGGAAGUUGAUUUAUCUUGCCAAUCAGUUGUAGUUCAUUAUAUUGAUUAUGGUAACAGUAGUCAUGUAGAAAUGAAAGACCUUUAUGUUCUUCCACUAGAUUUAAUGUGCUUACCGAAGCAAGCAAUCCAGUGUUGUUUUAGUGGGAAUUUUAGCCCUUGUUCAAAGGCAUUCAAGAAAAGCAUGAAAGAAUUACUGAACCAAGAAGUUACUGUGUCAAUUUCACCAAACUUUGGCGAAGGGGGUAAAAAUAUUCUACAUAGCUGUAUAGUUGAUAACACAGACAUUUUGUGUGAAGGGUUAAAUGCCUCUAAUGAAGAAGGAACAGAGUCACUAUGGGAAGUAAAAUCACAAGUGUCAAACUACUAGAUAUACUCCAAUAUCCAGGUAAAUCCCAACAAUGAUUUACCCAUUCCAUCCAUUUUGUGUGAUGAAGUGUUUUCUGCUUCUGCAUUUCUUGUUGAAAGGGAUUCAGUCUGGAUCAAAAUUUUAAAGAAAUGAUGGAAAAACUGAAUAUAAUCCUAAAAAUAUGCAAAAUUUUCCUACUGUUGGUUCUUACAGCACAGCAGGGAUGGGCAGUUACAGAGCUGUCAUAAAUGAGAUUGACAUUGACCACUUUAUUGUUGUUGCUGAAUAUAUACAUGUUGGUAAAGUAAGAACGGUGACUGUAAAGGAGAUUUGUAUGAGCUUCAUAAAUGCUGUAAUUUUUUACGAAGACAAACAGUGCAGUGCUAUUUCAAAAAAUAAGAUGGAAAGGUUUUGAACUUGUCCAUAAAGAAAGUUAUAAUAAAUUAUAUGAAAUUUUUGAAAUGCCCUCAAUUUAGUGGUUGAAGAGGGAGGAAAUACAUAGUAUCAUGUUACCUGCAUGCAGAACAGGAUUGAUGUAGUGUCUGGUUCUCCAGCAGGAAUUUCAGAAAGUAAUAAGUUUGGCAUAGACUGUUAGAACCUGUAAUCAUAAAAGAUAGUAAAAUUACCAAAACCUGAUAAUCAAAGACUUAAGUGAACAAAGUGAACCCAGGGUUAAUUUGAACUGAAGGAAAACACUGGAACAAAGUAGAUUGUGGUAGCAUUUCUCCAUAUAAACAUAAAUACCAUCAACCUCCACUGAAUUGUGAAGAGCUAUUCAUUACUAUCGUCAGUCACACUGAGGAAGAUGGAUUAUUGUGGAUACAACCUCAUAGAAUUAUGCCAUCACUAAAUGCUUAGGUGGAAAGGUUGAAUGAAUUAAGUGGUAGGCUGUUAAAAGUCACCGGAAGGUACCUCAUACAGCAGCAGCUUAUAUACAAGGCCAUGUGUCAAAAAAUACAAGAUAGCACAGGACAAUUUUAUACCAAUUAUGGUAAUAAAGGUUGCAUGAAGCUUCAUGAGUUAUGCUAAUUGUGGAGAUCCUGGGUUUACCAAGCCAGGCUAUUCAUGCUUUUUGACAAAGCUAUCAAUAAGGACUGGUCAGCAGGUCAGCAGAUCAGCAGAGCUUAAUGGAAGAAACUGAAUGUGAGGGUCAUGUUCUUGUUUCUCGUGAUGCAAGAAACCGUGGCUAUCUAGUAUUUAAAGACUUCACUCACUGAAAAGGCAGAUAUGUCGUCAUUGCUCCAUUGCAUUUAGCAAGAGUCUAAAACUUGUGAAAAGAAAUGAACCAGACAAAAUAAAAUUAAAAGUUCCAAAUUCACAACAAAAACAAUUCUGCUGAAGAAAAAGAUGGGGACAUGAAAAGCUCUCCUUGUUACCCAAGAAAGUGGAGAUAGCAUGGCACAAGAAAAUAUAGAGGAAAAGUUGGUGGAUAAAGCAAACAAAGAACCCAUGGAAAUAAAACCAGAAGAGGUAUUAAACUGUGAGGAUUCAUCCAUUAGGCAUGUUAAAUUCUGAGCUUAAAUCAUAGCUCAUUGUGGGCACAAAUGAGGUGAUAAUUCAUCAUUCACUGACAUGGGAAAUUAUUUUACCACAGAACACUUGUGGAGUCCUGUUUCUGAUAUUUACAAAUACCCUCCUGCUGCACAAGAUUAUAAAGCUCAUUGAAAAUAACUUUGAGGGUUUUUCUACAGUCCACUGUAUAGAUUAUGAAGAGCUUGCAAAAAUAGAUCAAUUUGCACAAAGUUCCUGAAGAUCUUGCACUACCAGCUCAAGCAAUUCACUGUUUCUUCAACAAAACUAUCAAGAGAACAACUGGUAUGAAUAUUGGCAGACUCUGGAGGAGGAACUGGAAUCAGAUGUACUGGCCUAUCUUUUCUGAUGCAGGAAACUAUGGUCAACUAGUAUUUAAGGAACUUUAUUGUGAAGGGGAUAUCUAAUCCCUAUUUUCUUAUUAGGAUGAAGUAGCGAUAGGCAAAGAUUAGAAAUUGAAAUGAUUGAUCAGUAUGUGAUGAGAACAAAUCUUCAUCUCUUAGAGUGCAGAAAGCAUACUGAGAUCUUAUGUGAGGAAUCAGAUGUUAUUAGAAUUUGGACACCUGACACACAUUUUCCAACUGAGACAAGCAGUUUAGUGGUGGUUUUAAUUUUGCUUUCAACUAUCCAUCUUGUACUUGCUAUAGUGCGUAUUUUGUUUCUGUACAUUAGUGUAUGCAAUAGCUGUUCAAUGUUUGAAGAAGUGGUAUGUGAGUAUUCAUUAUACAAAGUAUUCAGACCUUUACGGCAAUGUCUCUAAUCAUCAGAUCUGGUCUUUGUGACAGGAGUUAAUGUACUUUUAAGGUGUAAAUUUAUAAGGAGUGAUUUUAAAAUUACAGUUUUAAUAAAAUAUAGAUGUGAUAGAA